AUGGACAGUUUGAAAGAGGAAUUAUAUAAAACUCGAAAUGAGUUUCGGAUUUUUAAAAGAAGGCCCUUGGAAUCCUUCGAAUAUCUGCUUUCAGUCACCUCGAUGCUUUUUGUGGCACUUAUGUUCUGGAAAUUGACGAUGCUGGUAACCGGCACGGAUUCGCCAGUGGUCGUGGUCCUGAGCGGAAGCAUGGAGCCCGCGUUCUACAGAGGAGACAUACUGUUCCUGAUGAAGAAGAAAGAAGUAAACUCGGGAGACAUCGUGGUGUUUAGGCUGGAGGGAAGGGAAAUACCAAUAGUGCACAGAGCGCUGACCCUGCACGAAGGAGAGGACACACUCAGCCUGCUCACCAAGGGCGACAACAACAGAAUCCACGACAGGUCGCUGUAUCCAAAGAACAAGAACUGGCUUAACGAAAAGGACGUGAUCGGAACAGUCCUGAUGAAGAUUCCAAAAGUGGGAAUCUUGAGCAUUUACCUGAACGAGUACCCGGCGCUGAAGCACGCAAUCGUAGGCUUCGCAGUUAUCCUGAUGCUAUCAGGGAAGGGAUAG